ACUUCUAAGCGCGCCAUGUUUCCGACUUCAAGAUGACCACAAACUUGUUAUGACCACCGCAGAACCUCACUUCUAAGGUUCUGAAGGUAACACAGAGAGAGACUCAUGCUUUCCGAUGAGCUCGAUUCCAAACCAGAGCUGCUGGUGCAGUUUGUCCAGAACGCGUCCAUCCCACUGGUCCAGGAUCUGGAGGACCCCGAGUCCAAACAUCCCUGCCUGCCGUUGCUGACCCCUGUCAGCAGCUCUCUGUGUGGCCACCUGCAGCUCACAGACGGAACGCUGAGCCCCCAACCGGAGAGUUCCGCAUCACUGUCAGAGCUGGGGGGCGUUUCACAACAGAGCCUGCUGGCAGUGCAGCAGAUGCAUGUGGCACACCCGCGGGCCUCACCCAGUCCGCCGCCCAUCCUCCAUGACCUGCAGCAGUCGGAUGGCACGUCCUACGUUCUGCUGAACCUGGCAAAAGGCAUCACGGCCUCCUCAGAGUCCCUCAUCUUUGCCGGGGACGGAACGGGGGACGACGUCUCGACGGGAGACUAUGGUCUGGAUGGCAUCGCCCCCUGGUACCUACGGGUGCAGGAGCUGGCCCACGACAGCCUCAUUGCAGCCACGCGGGCGGAGCUGGCACGGGACGCCAAGGCCAGUCAGGAUGCCAGAUCAGCCAACGUCACCAACGGCCACCUCACGCACGACUCGCCCUCGGGUGGCGAGAAGCGAGAGGAGACGGUGCCGCUGCAAGCGCCGCUCCCGCCGCCUCGGACCGGGCGCCCCCUCGCCGCCAGGCAGAUCCUCCGCUGCUCUUUUGAGGGCUGCUGCAGGACCUUCACCUGGCCUGCUCAUCUCAAGUAUCACCUCAAAACACACAGGAAUGACCGCAUGUUCCGCUGCGUGGCGGAGGGCUGCGGUAAGAGCUUCUACGUGCUGCAGCGUCUUCAGGUUCACAUGAGGACGCACAGCGGCGACAAGCCUUUUGUAUGCAAGGAGAACAACUGUGGAAAGAAGUUCACCACGGCCGGAAACCUAAAGAACCACAAACGCGUGCACACCGGAGAGAAGCCUUUUGUGUGUGAAGCAGAUGGUUGUGGGCGCUCCUUUGCCGAGUAUUCCAGUCUGAGAAAACACAUGCUCGUACAUUCUGGGGAGAAGCCUCACCAAUGUGGGAUCUGUGGGAAGACAUUCUCUCAGUCCGGAAGCAGGAACGUCCAUAUAAGGAGACGCCACGGGGAGGAGAGCCUCGCACCUGAAAACAGGGAAACAGCUGAGGCCCUGACACAGAGCAGCCUCCUGGAGGCCGACUGCGAGAGCAGGGCCAGCCUGGUCGCCAUGGCCACCGGUGUGGAAGCCGUCAACCCCCAUCACGCCAUGCUCAGGUCACCAGGUCCCGCAGAAUCUGUGAGUGUCCUCUCUUCUCCACACCAGCUUGUCACCAUGACGACAGAAGGGCCCACUCAUGGAGAUGUGGUGGCACUGCUAUAGAAAUGAAUGGAAAGGCGACUUGUGCCAAAUGUCAAAUUAAUAUUUCUGAAGAUUAUGUCAAGGCACAAUAUUUGAAACUAGCCAAGUGGUGGUGGUGGAUGAAGGUAAGCUAAUUUAAAUUGGAAGCGAGGAAACAUGCCAGCUGUUCAAAAAUAAUAGAUGGGUGAUUCUGAUUGUUUUUAACGGUUGAGUGAGUGUUGUGAUGAAAUCGGGCAAAUGCACAAAAUUAAGGAGACGUUGACCAUAUUUAUUGAACAUUAAGUCGGACCGAAAUGGAGCUGCGGAGGAAAAAUGGGAAGUUGCUUCAAGUGUGGGUUGAUUGUGAGGCAGCGACGGCGGGAUACGAGAGCGGUUGAACUCCUUGGACUUCCAGAGCCUUGUUGAAGUGCACCUCCAUGACCUCUGAGGCUUUGGUGAUCUUCAGGUUCUUCAUGCAGCCUCUGAGGGACGUGCGGCUGGCCACGGCUGCCUGACGAACACUCUCUGAACAAAACAUGGACAUCGCUGACUUAAGACUUCCAACAUGCAGGGUCGACUGCACUGUGCAAUGUACAAUGCUUGUCCUGCCUGCUUUCAGUGUGAGGUACAUCUGAAUUUUGCCUUCCAUUAUAUGUACCGUCAAAAUGUACUGUACAAACAUGGGGAAGGUGAUGUUAAAUUAAACUGCUGCAUAUUGA